AUGCAACCUCCAUUACAACCCUCAUCGUCCCAAGUGGAUUCACAAACGGGCCCAUCGGUCGCCACUCCUGCACAGCCCUCUUCCUCCUCCUCCUCCUCUUCAGCACAGCCCUUAAAGCACGAUAAGGGCAGCAGUUUGUUCUCGAACCAGAAGAAACUCGCGGACGGUCGGCCGUUUCCUUCGGAUUACCGCACGAACAGUCUGAACUUCACCUUCGACGCCGCCUCAGGCUUUUUCUACGAAGCCUCGUCGAAGUUCUACUACUGUUCCUCGGCCGAUCUCUAUCUCGAUUCCGUCUCUUCGCUUUACUACACUCUCAAAGAUCACACACUCACCCCUUUCACGCCUCCUCUUCCCUCCACCACCGCCGCUCCGCCUCCCAUUCCUCCUCCUCCAGAGCAGCCCGCCAUCAUCUCCGCCCCCUCCACCUUUCAGUUCGCUCCGCAGCCCGCAGCCCCCGCCGCGCCGAUCGCUCUGACCAUCAAAUUCAAGACCGAUCUCCACGAGAUCAUCAAGCCUCCGCCCCCGCCAUCGCAGCCGGCUUCUUCUUCUUCGUCGUCGUCCCAGCACGCAGCUCCCGACUCCAAGGAUUCGCUGGACACGCUGCAGCUGCUCCCUGGGCAGUCUGUGAAUUGGGACUUGCAGCCCGCGCGGUCCAAAGCCGCCAAGCGCAAAGCGCCUCCCAAAGAGCCAGAAAAAGCCCCGAAAAAGGAACCGCCGUCGCUCGGCGAGAUGAGACGAAUCGCGGGGCGAAGCCGACACGGGUGUCCGGCGUGUUUCGUGCGAUUGAACCGCGGUUUUAAUGGUAGAUGUGCGGUCGACGCUUCCAAGACGACGCGAAGCUUCAACUCCACAUGGAGAAGAGCGAGCUGCAUAAAGUAG